AUGAUCAGAGAUCCAUGCGGGAGUGACGAUACCGAGAAAAGUAGCAACUCCUGCAAAGAGAACAGCCAAGUGGAACCAACAAAGGACCCAAGUUAUGACCACUCUAGUAGCAACAAACGAGUGUUCAUCCAGGGGAUCAAAAAAAACUAUCACACGAAUGGAAGAAACACGUUUACGUACUUAAAUGAGGUUCUAGACAAGACCUACAAGGAGACUGUCGAGCUCGAUGGGUCCGAGUAUAUUCUUCUGUAUGACAUAUGUGUUCAGGAUGGAGGAGAUGCAUCUAGCCAAGUGGACGAAAGGGGAGAGUCUACUCAGAAUGCCCCUCGGGGUGGACCCGCCUCUUGGGGUGAACCCACCUCUUGGGGUGAACCCGCCUCUUGGGGUGAGCCCACCUCUUGGGCUGCAUCUGCAUCUGGAUUUGCAGCAGUCGGUGGUACAACCCCAUUAGAGGAAGAAAGUGACAUCCUCACUCUCAACGCGUACAAUAAGUACCUAAAUAUUUUUCAUAACUUAUCGAAUCAGCUGCAUAGAAUUAGGAGACUGAUAUACCCCAUGGAGGUAGACAUGUCGAGAGGAUAUGCAUCCAGGGGGUCGUUAACACUUGCUGGGGUAGCCUCAAACGGGGGUUCAAAUAAUGACGCGGAGAGACAAAGGAGAGAUGGAGGACGACCACAGAUGGGGGGAUGUAGAAUGGUUAGAGGUGUUGACGAGACGAACCUGGAGUCCUUGCAAACUCUGUUCGAAGAGGAAGCACACAUGAGGGGUAGCCCCAAAAUGAAGCUGCUGGAGAGGCUAAACUGUAUAUUUUUCACCGCCAUGGGUACCAUUGGGAAGGAGGCGGGCAGAACGGGUGGUACUACGAGCGGCACUGCGGGUGGUACUACGGGUGGCACUACGACUAGCAGUAGGGCUGCUGAUAAUUCAGCCAAGAGAGCUGCGAACCCAGUCGGUCCCCCCACUUCUAGCACCGCUUCCCACCUUCAUGCGAGCUGCCCCCCCACGCGGAAGGGCCAGCUGACCCCAUUGGAUGUGGCCAAAAUUACGCAACACAUGAAAGGCAGCGCAAAUAGAAGGGUCCACGAAAGCGACAUCUAUGACAUUCAAAUUAUGAAGAAGGGAUAUGUCUAUCUCUACGUCAGGAAUGGAUACUGGGAUGACUACUACUGUGUCCUUUUCCACUUAAACAACAACGUACUAUUCAAAAACGACCUCCUAUAUACGCACUACUGCAGAGUCUACGACAGAGGAGGGGUCUUACACAAUACGCUGAACUCUCCUGACUCGUACAGCAAUUAUUUUAUAGCUUUUUUUAAAGACGACCGUUUAGAGAUGAACGGAUUAUCUAAUUUGGAACUAGCCAUCAUGUUGAGAAAAAAUUAUUACCCUUUCGUAAUUGAACUGUCACGGAGUAAAAAGGCAAGCAUUAUGAUUCACACAGGUCAGGAUGUGCUCCUCGGUGUGGAGCAUGCGCAGGGUGAGGCUCAGGGGCAGGGCAAAGCUAAAGGGCAAGCUAAAGGACAAGCCCAACGGGUGAGGAGCUCUCUCAUCGUUUUCGAUGUUAACUCGAACCCGUUUUACCUGAUCCCCAUCGAGUGCUCCACCGAGUGCUGCCCGGACGAUGGGGUUGCCGCGAUAAGUGGAGGGGGUAGAGUUACCAAGGGAGCAGCUAAUGAACCAUCAUCCCAAGGAGGCACUCCCCCUCGUGUUCGAGUGAAACUCCAAUAUGGACUGCUCAAAGAGUGGAACGACUGCCUCGGAUCCGUAAUGGAGAGAGCAAAACAGAGACACACAAACCUUUGCGACAAACGAGGACAAAGCGAGAAGACGCACUACGUCAACAAAAAGUUUAGCCAGUGGAUCGACGCGUUUAAGAAGGAGAGGAACAUCCAGGAGGGAGGCGGCCCCCGCCCGUCCACCUUUUUAUUUGUUACCAGGAAGGGGGGAGGGGAGGGGUCACAACUCUGCGCUUAA